AUGCAGUUGAUUUUCACAGGCCCUGAAGACAACCCUCCUGCCAGAGCCGUCCUGCGCUUGCAGCGUUGUCUGCGGCACUUGCGACGUUGCUACCUGCAGCCGAGGGCUGCGAAGCGGGUGCUGGAGAGGAAGGGGGCAGAGCCGGCACGAGCUGCUGCCCAUCCUGUGCCUGCACGCCUCAGCUGCAGGGAGGCCCGGCUUUUGUGCCACCCCUUUCCAGACCCCUCCCCUGAUGCCCUAGCCUAUGAGCUCCACGGGAGCGAGAAGCGUCUGCCCUCAGCCCCUUCUACAGUGGCUGGCGCACUGUGGAUAGACGAAAUGAAUUACCAGGAAAUUGGAAACCACACCAAAGUGACCGAAUUCGUUCUCGUGGGACUGUCCAAGGACCCCACAUCCCAGAGUGUUCUUUUCUGGGCACUAAUGUUUCUCUACAUACUAACUUUGGCAGGAAACAGCAUGAUCGUUUUCCUGGUGGGAGUCAGUUCUCAGCUUCACACCCCAAUGUAUUUCUUCCUUGGCAACUUGUCUUUACUGGGUCUCCUGUUCUCCACAAGUGCUGUACCUCUGAUCAUGGCGAACUCCCUGCAGAACUAUCCCACCAUCUCCUAAAGCUCCUGUUUUGCCCAGCUUGCCAUCUGAGCCUUCUUGGCACUGGCUGACUGUUUCCUUCUGGCCAUUAUGGCUUACGACCGAUUCGUGGCUAUCUCAAAUCCACUCAGGUACAACUUGGUCAUGUCUUCUCGAGAAUGCACUUUAAUGGCUUUGGCUGUGUGGGUGACAGCCUUCCUGCUCACUGUCAUUCCCAUUCUGCUCUUCCCCAUCAGUUUCUGUGGGCAUAAUGCAGUAAAUCACUUCUCCUGUGAAGUCCAAGCCAUCUUCAAAUUGCUCUGUUCUAACACCAUUUCCCUAGAGGUUAUGAUGAUGGUAUGUGCUGUCAUUUCAAUGCCAGUACCUUUAACUUUCAUCCUUAUCUGUUACCUUUGUAUCCUCAGGGCUGUCUUAAGAAUCCAUCCAACUGAGGCUAGGCUUAAGGCCUUUUCCACAUGUGGUUCUCACCUGGUCGUGGUCACUAUCUACUUUGGGACACUAAUAUAUAUUUAUAUGAGACCACAGGCCAAAAAGUCCCAAGAUGGGGACAAAAUUGUCUCUAUAUUUUAUGCAGCAGUGACACCAAUGCUAAAUCCCCUCAUCUACACCCCGAGAAAUAAGGAUGUAAAAGCUGCUCUCAGGAGAGUAACUUGUGGGGCCAAGUCCUCAUGCUUCAAGCACACGACAGCCCGCUGGUUGUGUCCUGGGUGGCUCGGCGGUGAAUACCCACUCAUGGCUCGCACGUCUGCUGCUCAAGGCUUCCGAACGUUUGAUUUGCAAGCGUUUUCAGGUAGGCCACACGUAGUGGAGCUGAAAGCUGCUUGUGUCUGGGUCAUCACGGACCGCGGGGGUGACGGUUGUGGAGAGAACAAGCACUGA